AUGUCAGACUCUACAGCUAGUGGUAAAACAAAACGAAAAGUUGCGCUUAUCACUGGAAUAACUGGACAGGAUGGUAGUUAUUUGACAGAAUUUCUGUUAGCUAAAGGCUAUGAGGUCAAUGGACACGUUCAUGCAAUGAAAUUGCAUUAUGGUGAUUUGAACGAUAGUUCCUCACUAGUGAAAAUUAUUUCUGCUGUGAAACCAAACGAAAUUUAUAAUCUUGGUGCGCAAAGUCACGUUAAAAUCUCAUUCGAUCUUAGUGAAUAUACGGCUGACGUUGAUGCUGUUGGUACCCUAAGAAUUUUAGAUGCAAUACGUACAUGUGGUUUAGAAAAAGAGGUUCGAUUUUAUCAAGCAUCUACGUCAGAAUUAUAUGGAAAAGUACAAGAAAUUCCUCAAACUGAAACAACACCUUUUUAUCCUCGUUCGCCGUAUGCUGCUGCUAAAUUAUACGCAUAUUGGAUUACAAUAAAUUAUCGUGAAGCAUAUGGCAUGUACGCAGUCAACGGUAUAUUAUUUAAUCAUGAAAGUCCAAGACGAGGUUCUAACUUCGUUACGAGAAAGAUUACACGUUCUGUAGCAAAAAUUCAUGAGAAACAACAAAGAUCACUCGAAUUAGGUAGUCUUGAUUCAAAACGUGAUUGGGGACAUGCGAAAGAUUAUGUUGAAGCAAUGUGGUUGAUGCUUCAACAUGAUACACCUGAAGAUUUUGUUAUUGCUACAGGUGAAACCCAUAGUGUAAGAGAAUUUGUUGAGGCAGCAUUUAAAGAAAUUGGUCAAGAAAUUGUGUUAGUAAUCAUUUGGGAAGGACAAGGUGUCAAUGAGGUAGGGAAAGAAAAGGCAACGGGUAUUGUUCGUAUCACAGUCAACCCGAAAUAUUAUCGUCCAACUGAAGUUAAAGGCAAACAUGAAUUGGUGACAACAACGUGCGGCCAUCUUUAUGGAAAAUGUUGUAUACGUAAAAAAUUACGUCAAACAUCGAAAUGUCCAUUAUGUGAGAAAACAUUAGAAACAACGCGACAAAAAACGUUACGUUCGAUGUGUUUAAAUAGUGUAGUUACAAUAUUUCCAUUUGAAAUUCAACAAUUAAGACAAGAACGAAAGCAAUUAAAAAUAAAAUUAAAAUAUUUUUUCAAUCGAUUAGAACGAAUGGAAAAACGUUUAUCAAUGAAAAAGAAACAUAUUCAAACGAUAAAUUCAUCUAUUCAAAAAUAUCGAGAAAAACAAGCAGUUAAAAUAAUUAGCAAGGAAAAAUCAGAUCCUAAAUACAAUUGUUAUAAAUGA